UAUAGCGAUUUAGACCUUACUACCGAUCGCGGGGUAAACGGUUAGCUUGCGUGAAUUGCCUUUUCUGUCUCAAACUGGUCGGUAAUUUGUGAAACUGUAUAUGAAAUUAUUGUUAGCGUAAAAAAUGUGGCCGAAAUAAAUCAUUUAGAAAACGCCGCGAUUCUCACGUUGGUAUGAUUUGGUGCAUUUUGUCAGAUCAUAGCGCAGAUGAUGACACCAGAAACACCUUCAAGUUCAGGGAGUGAUACUUCAAAACCCGGCUGCAGAUCUGAAGAGCGAUUAAUGGUAGCAGUGAGAAUUCGUCCAUUAAAACAAGAUGAAUCAACAAGAGCUUUGUACGCACUCAACAAGAAGACAAUUAUAUUGGAAGAUGCAGACAAAUCAGAUGCAAUUCGGCAAAAAAAAGGUAUGGAAAAACAAUACUCGUUUGAUGUUGUGUUUGGAGAGGAUUCGACACAAGAAGAAGUAUACAAAGUUACUACGAAAAAUCUCAUAACCGACGUUCUUAACGGAUAUAAUGGAACUGUAUUUGCAUAUGGACCCACAGGAGCAGGCAAAACUCAUACUAUGGUGGGCACAAGAUCGGCUCCAGGAAUCAUGAUCAGAGCUCUUAACGAUCUCUUUGAGGCAGUCAAAGAUAAGGAGGACGAGUAUUCGGUCACUAUGUCAUACCUUGAAAUUUACAAUGAACAAAUUAGAGAUUUACUUAAUCCAUCAUCAGGAUUUUUAGAAUUACGGGAAGAUUCUAAAGGAAAGAGUAUGCAGGUAGCUGGAUUAUCUGAAGUUUCAACAAAUAGUACUGACGAAAUCAUGCAAUUGCUUCACAAGGGUAACAAGGCAAGAACGAUAGAGCCCACUGCUAUGAACCAAACAUCCUCAAGAAGCCACGCACUUCUUAGUGUCACCGUUAGGCAUACGAUUCCAGUGAAUAAAACUGAUCAUUUGCGUAUCAAGAUUAGACAAGGACGUUUAUUUAUGAUUGACUUGGCAGGUUCUGAACGAGCCAAUAAGACCAAAAACAGCGGUAAGAGAUUGCAAGAAGGUGCUCAUAUUAAUAGAUCCUUACUGGCUUUGGGAAAUUGCAUAAAUGCAUUAAGUGGGGGAGCAAGAUACGUAAACUAUAGGGAUUCUAAACUAACUAGACUGUUAAAAGACGCUCUCUGCGGCAACUGUAAAACAGUGAUGAUUGCUCAUGUCUCCCCAAGUGCAGGGCAGAAAGAAGAAUCGAGGAACACUCUUAUCUACGCCGAUAGAGCCAACAACAUUACGACAAAAAUUGAACGAAACGUUUUUGAUGUUUCCUAUCAUGUGACUCAAUAUCAAACUGUGAUAAAUGAACUCAGAGAUGAGAUAUCGCGAUUACAGCACAAAAUGAAAGAAGAACGUCCAAGAUCGGCUGAUGUGAAGAAGUUAAAUGCCGAGGAGAGAAGGAACGAGGUGCAGCAACUUCGAGAACAAAUAGUGGAGACAUUUAAGACGCAAAUGAAAUUAAGAAGAAAGUUAAUGGAAAUUGAUUCACAUCUUCUAAGUUUAGGCAUGGAAUCAGAAAGGCAACAUAUGAUAAUAUCCCACUGGGAGUCGAGAAAUAAUAAAUUAUAUAAAAAUAGCCUUAACGAAUCUAGAGCCAGAACACAACAAAGCAUGAGAAGAAGAACCUACACGGCAGAUGGCUUUCGAUCAGCUGGAUAUGAAAAUGAUGAUACAUUUGACACAGAUCUUGACGCCGAAGGAGAAUCGGCCAUUCAACAGGCUUGGAGUGAACUGGCAGAUAUUGAAAGAGAACAGGAACGAUGGUCGGAGCUAAGAAGUCACAUAGAACAGAAACUGGAAGUUUGUAGACAACGAGGUGUUACUUUGGAAGACCAACUUCCUACACUAUUAUCAUCUGAUGAUGAAAGGGAAAUUCUAGCUCUGAUGUGUAGAGUACAUGAAUUAGAAGCUGAUAAGAUGGCGCUUCAAUCAGAGAGACUUGUCAGACAACAUGAACUAAGAAGAAGAGAUCUUUUAAUUUUACGAUAUGAUAGGCAACGACAGAUUUGUGAGGAGAUAAUCACAAGACAGCGGCAGAUAAUGGAAGAUAAGAAGAUGAUUCUACCACAAGAUUUACAGGAGUUAUAUCAACUUUAUCAACAAGAAAUUCACGCGUCAACUUACAGUGAUUUUGGAAUGCCGCAAACUGCAUCUGCAUUCACUCCAACGGAUAUUCUACCACCAAUUGGAAAAAUAAGGCUUCCGACAGCUGAUUUAAGCAGCAGUGAUGCAAGUGGCAUCUCCCCUCCUUCAUCGGCCGACUCAGGAGAUUCCAGUAUAGAUAGACUUAUGGGACAACCUGUAUCAAGGCACAGCUUCAGUAAAAAAUUACCACCACUUCCUCCUAGCCCACCAGUACGAUCGAGAAAAGGCAGUUCAAGUUCUAUGCGAAGAAGUCUCAGUGAAAUGCAUCUCAGCGGUUCCGAAGACGGGACAACGUAAUACUGGCUAGGUGUUUUCUUGUAAAAACGAUUAAAAAAAGUGUAUGAUGUAUAUUAAAAUGCAAUAAAAUAUGUGUGAUCUAA